CCUGCUUGCCGACAGCCGAUCCUUCAAGUGUUCUCCGUACUCUACUACUCCGGACUCUGUAGUUUGCCAUUUUCCCGUUUUGACCUGGACCAUCUGCUCGUACUAUAUAAUCUUCUCCUCAUCUGACCUUACUGCUCUCUCCCCCUUCGUACUUUUCCACCCUCUCCCCCCUCUUCUGCUUUUCUCUCCUCCCUUCACUUCAUCUUACCUUCUGGGUCUCUUCCAUUGAAUCCCACAUCCUUCCUGCCUUUUCCCACCCAACAUCAUCAGUCCAUCAUGGGCUACGUGAUCGGCAAUAUCUAUGUCAUCACCACGGUGGCCGUCAUCGGCGGUGCACUGUUUGGUUUUGACAUUGCUUCCAUGUCUGCCAUUCUUGGCACUCAGCAGUACAAAUGCUUUUUCAACCAGACUGGCCACGGUGACGAUGGCUCAUGCGGUGGUCCCACCUCCUCCACCCAGGGUGGUAUCUCGGCUGCCAUGCCCGGUGGCUCGUUUGUAGGCGCUCUCAUCUCCGGUAUCGUGACUGAUUGGCUCGGCCGUCGCAUGGCCAUUCAGACUGGCUCCGUCAUUUGGUGCAUCGGUAGCGCUAUUGUCUGCUCCUCCUUCAGCAUCGCUCAGCUCGUUGUCGGUCGCUUCAUCAACGGUCUGUCCGUCGGUAUCCUCAGUGCGCAGGUCCCAGUCUAUGUCGCAGAGCUGGCUCAACCCAGUCGACGUGGUCAGGUUGUGGGUGCUCAGCAGUGGGCCAUUACCUGGGGUAUCUUGAUCAUGUUCUACAUUUCCUAUGGUAGCAGCUUCCUCGCUGGCAACGCGGCCUGGCGUCUGCCGUGGGGCUUGCAGAUGAUCCCUGCCGUCUUCCUUUUCGGCAUGGUCUUCCUGCUCCCGGAAAGUCCGCGUUGGUUGGCCAAGCACGACCGCUGGGAGGAGGCCCACGAGGUGCUGGCCCUGGUCCACUCCAAGGGAGACAAGAAUGCUCCCUUCGUGCAGACCGAGUUGCAGGAAAUUCGGGAUAUGGUUGAGUUUGAGCGCGCGAAUGCUGAUGCGACUUACCUGGAUCUCUUCAAGGGCAACAUGAUCUACCGGACUCACAUCGGCAUGUUCACCCAAAUCUGGUCCCAGCUGACUGGUAUGAACGUCAUGAUGCUGUAUAUCACCUAUGUCUUCGGUAUGGCCGGCCUGUCCGGAAAUGCCAACCUGGUCGCAUCGUCGAUUCAGUAUGUGAUCAACGUCGUGAUGACCGUCUUCGCCCUGCUAUUCAUCGACCGCUGGGGACGACGAACUCCUCUGCUGGUGGGCUCGACUUUGAUGAUGACUUUCAUGUUCGCCAACGGUGGUAUCAUGGCCAGCUACGGAAAACCUGCACCCCCCGGUGGUCUGAACCACACCCCUGAGCAGUCCUGGGAUUUGAGCGACGCACCCUCUGCGGCCAAGGGUGUCAUUGCCUGUACCUACCUCUUCGUGGCCAGCUUUGCACCCACCUGGGGACCCGUGAGCUGGAUUUACCCUCCUGAGUUGUACCCACUGCGUCUGCGUGGCAAGGCUGUGGCUGUCUCCACCGCAUCCAAUUGGGUCUUCAACUUUGCCUUGUCCUACUUUGUGCCGCCAGCGUUUGAAAACAUCAAGUGGAAGACCUACUUGGUCUUCGGAGUGUUUUGUUUCGCUAUGACCAUCCACGUCUUCUUCGCCUUCCCCGAGACCGCUGGUAAGACUUUGGAAGAUGUGGAGACCAUGUUCAAUACUCCUGGAAUGAAGCCGUGGAAGACCAAGGUUCAGUACCAGCACGUUCGCCAGCUCGAGACGGGUGCCCUUCAGUCCGAGAAGAUGGCAGAUCUGCAGGCGGAGGCUGGCACCCGAGCUACUGAGAAGGAGGCUAGUGCCGCGACUCACAAGGAGUAGAAAGACCUGCAGAUUUACCCGUGGGUCUCUUACCAAUUGAUAUUUCUCGCGAGUUUGAGAAUGAGGCUUUGUGGAAUUUCAACUUUUGCGAUGUCUUUGCCCGUUCUUUGGGCUCACGUGGAUACGACUCUUUUACACUGACGGUGCAGUGGCUUGGCUGCACGUUGCUGGCAGUUACGCGAAGAAGCUCCUUAGAGCAUCACCAACCAUACGAUUUUAAUUCUAGCCAAUUUUGGAUACCAACGAAACUUCAUUUUCCGAACAUGAAGUGUUCUCCCCUUUCUGCCUUUUCAGAGUAAAUGGUCGAUAUCAGGUCUCUCGAUGGUAAAUUAGUACCGCGCAUAGAAUAAGGUUAUCAGAGAGAUGUGAUAG